UUCUCAACCCCCAUUUUCUCAGCUUCGCCAAAUGGCUUGGCGUUGGCAAAACGGGCAAUUUGCUGCAAAGAUCCUAGAAUAAAUACAACAUUUAACCGUGCUUUAUAUGUGAACUCUUCUUUAAAGCAACUGCAACUGCGAUUAGUUUGCACUUCUUCUCCUUCCCUUCUCCAUCUUGGGUUUCUUCCAUUGAAUUGGUCUGGUCUUUUACGAUGGCGUUUCUCGACUCCCUAUUCGCUUCAUCGCAGCCGUCCUUGUUCUCCCCGGCUUGGGUGGGCAGACGCAAGUUCUUCUUCAUCGCGACGUGCAUGAGUUUUCUGCUGUUUCAACUUCUGUUCUUGGCCAAUGAGUCGUACAUCUUCGGCAUUCUUUUCCGUGCAAACACACGUAUCAAGGCAUUUAAUGUGUUGUUCGUCGACUACGAUCAGGGGGCCAUUGGCGAUAGUGUCAGGAGUGCAUAUUCACAGAUCAGCGGGGAUGGCUUCGUGACCCUCCAAGAACACUCGCCAUCCAGUUAUGCAUCUGCUUCCGCCAUCGAAGAUGCCGUCUGUCGCGGCGAUUUCUGGGGGGCGGUCUUGGUAUCGUCUGGCGCAUCCGAGCAACUCGCAACCACACUUGCAGGCGAUGCUACCGAACCGUGGGAUGUGACAACUGCGGCCACCGCCAUGCAUGUGGGCAUUCGCUAUCCCAUCAUCCAACAAAGCUACAUUUCCCCGGACAUUCAGACCCUCUUCGCUGCCGCCCGAGCCAACUACAUCGUCGGCCUCGCCGGCUCUAACAUCAGCAGCGAUCUAUCGACAAUAACCCCCUACCUCGCCCAACCCUUCAGUUUCACCUCCCACGACGUCGCCGCGACCCCGCCCAGCACAAACCCCUUCUACAACACCGCCACCGUCGUUUUCGUAAUCUUGAUGCAGUUCUUCUGCAUCCUGGCCUUCAACGGCAUAUGCCAGGGCUUCGGUAUCUUCUCUGGCGCCUCGAUCCGAUCCCACCUCGCUGUCCGUUUCAGCUACUCCAUCAUCUUCACUCUUGUUGGAAGCCUGCUUACGACGGGAUACUUAUUCGCGUUCCAGGACACUUGGGGAUUGAUAGCCGCGCAGUUCGGUCAGACUUGGAUGCUCCUCUGGCUUAGCAUGCACGUCAACUGGCUGGUUCUCGACACUGCUGCCGGGUUUUUCCCCAUUGCCGCCGUGCCGUUCUUUACUUUCACUUGGAUCAUCGUCAAUAUGGCCAGCACCGUUAUGCCAUUUGAGAUCAGCCCCGGUUUUUACCGCAUCGGCUAUAUGUGGCCGGCUCACAAUAUGUUGGAGGUUCUGAUCCAGAUCUGGUCGGGUGGUUGCUACAACAGGCUGUACAGGACGCUGCCGGUAUUGUUUAGUUGGGAGCUUGUGGCGGCUGUGGUGGACCUUUUCGCCCAGGUUCGCAGGUGCAAGACCAUGGCGCAGGUACCGGCUGACGAGGCUCUCACCUCUUCGUCGCGGGAGUUCGAUGGAACUCCUGAAGAGAAGCCGGCGGCUUGAGGGGACACCCGAUGGUCGGUUGACAUCUCCGGCUCUAUCUUUCAAAGCCGAGGUGUUAGCUGGACAUGUUCGCGAGCGCCAGCGGCUUGGCUCGCAUCCUGCAAGCAAUGACAGAAAAGGGGUAGAGCAAGGUGCUCCGGGUUCUGGGAUACGAUAUAAGUGGGCAUGACUGUCAAGUCAAUUAUAGACGAUAGAUGUUUUAGACGUUAAUUCGAUAGCAAGAUCAGCUACAGUACCUCGGAAUUUGUAUUUCGCAAUUCAAUUCAAUUCCACUUUCCA